AUGGGAGACACUCCAGUCUUCUCCUCGCCCGUCGUCCCUCGAAUUGUUCCUCCCAGCCUGCACACGCGUACUCCCUCGCGAUCCCCCACUCGACAACGACCCGUAGACGAUAUCCUCGCCGAUCUAACCCCCGCAACAACCCUCGAAGCCUUCAAGAACCCCUCUGGCCGCUUAAGAGCCAGCAUCGAAAACGCAACCCCGUCGGAACAAGCGUUCGGCUUGCAGGCGGCGUUGGCUUCAAAGAACAUACAAGAAUGGGUGGACGAACUCUCAAAUUGGUCAUGGCCAGCAGAAGGCGGCUUGCUGGGCUUCGAGGUUCCACCAGCGAAGAGACGGAAAUUGUCAAGUCGUACGGAUGGGAACACCAACCAAUACGAGGAGGAUGGCACUGGCACUCCAGAGAUGAACGAGUCAGAGUAUGUGGGUGGCCUCUUUUCAAAAGAAGUCCUGCGGUACGAGAUCCGUCUUGAUGAAAUCACGGCGGAUAUGGAGGAGCUCAAUGUGGAGGAAAUCAAGCGCCAGGUCUUGGAUACCCAUUUCUCUGCGAAGUCUCGACCCUCCUCAUCCGCUUCCAAUGCUCCGAUGCCAAGUUUUCUCUCUUCGUACACCAAAAUGGACGACUUUACAGCGAUAGUUACGGCAACAGUGUUACAAGCACUGCCAAACCUCAGCAGAUUGAUGCGGUUGAUGGAUGUCUGGUCUAUUCGGCUUUCGGUCCUGCGGAAAGUGCCUCCUUUAUUGCAAGCCUUGGAAGAUGCAGAGGUUGCGUUGAAAAGUGGUUGGAACACAAUAAAUAAUCCAGGAAGUCAGAAUGGGGAGGAUAUUACUUUGUCUCGAGAAACGUUCAGUGUCAUGAGGGAAGUUCUACAAGACAAGGUUACAUCUUUGGGCCAGAACUUGGAUUACAUGCUGGAUACAUUGGAAGGAAGGGAAGAUACUCUACCGGAGAGUUGGUUGGAUCGGAUGGAAACAAUCGAGCAGGACUAUGGCGAGUGGGUUGUGGCUGGCGAUCGAAAGGUCAGACAGGGGGAGUGGGCCAAGAUGGCGAGGGCCAGGCAAGAGGCGGAGGAGGCCAGGAGGUUGAAGGAAGCGGUUACUGCCAAGGCUACGUUAUCAAGCAGCCUCAUGAUGAAGUUGGAGGCUUUCCCAGAAGUCGACGAGUCCCCAACAGCUGGUCGCAUUGGACUUCGAAAUGGAAACUCCUAUGACUACAGCCCUCCAGACUCACCUCCGGCCGCCGCGAUAUCCAAACAUCCUUCAUUGAGGAUGCAGCAGAGCCCUCCUUUCUCUCCCUCUGAUCCAACAGGGCCUCUGACCCCGCUCGAACCGCCUGUAUUUGCCGAUCUCGAUGUAUCUCCAGCACCACUGUCGAGUCCCAAGAAGACUAGCAGCGACGAGCAACUCCAGAAGCAAAUCAGCACGCUGCUGGAAUCCAUUCCUGCACGGAUCCGCCUGACAUCGGAACUUGAAGCAAAUCCCUUCUCAACAAACACCCUCCAGCCAAAGAAGAUUCGCCGGUCUAUAACUCCAUCGUUUCGGUCAACUUCGAGUAUGAGUAACUACAGCACCAGCUCACGUGCACCCACUCCUUCAUUUACUCUUGCACCAGCAUUUUCGAAGACAAACCACCGAUCACGAACGCCAGGAAAUCCCGAGAUCAAGCUUUAUCAUUUAUCGCGCUCCACAGGCGAAGCACCAAUCAAGCUUUUCGUCCGACUUGUAGGAGAACACGGAGAGCGAGUCAUGGUCCGCGUUGGCGGUGGAUGGGCAGAUCUCGGCGAGUACCUGAAAGAAUAUGCCAGCCACCACGGCCGACGAACAGCAGCCGACAACGACAGAGUCGAGAUCCAAGAUCUGCCGCCACGAGUCGUCUCCAACAGCUCUUCAAUUGCCACAAUCCGUGGCAAUGGGAGAGACAGCCCAGUCCCCCGUCCGCAGAGCGUUCUCGAAAGAUCAAUUGAUCGGCCUGGUAGCAGUCUCAACAUCCGCAAAACCCGUAAGUCGGUUGGCGAAUCUGAGUACCGUGCAAACGAUAUCCGCAACCCCUCGACCCCUUUGCCUAGCAUUGACCGCCGUUCCUACGAAACUCCUCCCUCGGCAGCAGGCAGCGAAGCGAGCUCUACCAGCACUGGGCCAUCGUUCAGAAGUAGCUCGCGGUUGAGUUGGACGGAGGAAGACUCGAGCCUGGGUCUUGCAGGCCCAAAGAGCAAGAAGGUUACCAUUAGUGAGAAGGAUCAGGAGUGGGUUGAGAGUAUGAAGGAGAAGGUUCGACAAGCAAGCGCGGAGAAGGAGAAAAGGAAUAAGGAGAGGGAGAGCAUGAAAGAGAGUCAGAGGAAGUCGAGUUUUGGGGAGAUGGAUAAAGUGGGUGGAACGAAGAGGUUGUUUAGGAAGAAAGGUGUUUGA